AUGAAAGUUUUUAAUACAAAGCUUCAAACGGUAGUGAGAGAACAACUGACUGCGGAAGGGCAUCCAUUACCUUCAGAAGUUACCAUAGCAUAUAAUUUUGAAACAAACUCAAUAGAUUUUAAAGUCAUCUCUGCAAAGAAGUCAGGAUUUACAUUUAAUGAAGCAGAUGUAUAUUCGAAUGAAAACUUCAAAGCUAUUGCAUGGUUAGAUAAUGACGAUUGCUUUAAGAAAAUAUUUAAAUUCAGUGACUCAAAGAUGUCAAUAGAUGACCUUCGUGGAAUCUUACCAUCGACGUUUACAGUUGAAGGUUCAGCAGGAUUGCUUACAAGAUUGUCAAUUGGUGGCGUUUGGUCUCGUGAGAACAUUGUUAUAAAAUCCAGUAUAAGUGAAUUUGCUGAAGAAUCUUUAUUAUGUCUUUCAAACUACAUGUAUUCGCCGCCGAAGCAUUAUAGUAUAACAAACUUUGUCAGUAAGUUUAACAUAAGACUUGUCGAACCUUCUUCAAUGAAAGAUGUUGUGCUACCUAAAGAUGGAAAGGAUGGACUCAUUAUUGAGAUGAUUUUAAUUGCAUAUUAA